CUGUCACUUCGUUCAUACGUCGAAUGCUUGGAGCUAGAAUGAGUAAUUUACGAAAAUUUAUAGAGAGAGGUUAUACACUGACGAUUGAUACGUUCUACCGUUGUUAAUUUUAAUACAGAUAUUGGGGCUAAUUUGUCGGAUUCUAUGUACCAAGGAAUUUACAAUGGAGCGCAGAAACAUCAACCGGAUUUAGAUAAAGUAUUAGAACGAAGUUGGAGUAACAAUCUGUCGAAAAUUAUAAUUACUGCCGGUAAUAUAGAGGAGAGUAAGAAGGCUCUUGAAAUAGCACGAACAGAUGAACGAUUAUUUUCAACGAUUGGUUGUCAUCCAACACGUUGUAAUGAAUUUGAAGAAAGUGGUGAUCCAGAAGCAUACCUCAAAUCAUUAUCAGAUUUAGCUGCAGAUAAUAAAGAUAAGAUCGUUGCUAUUGGUGAAAUGGGACUAGAUUAUGAUAGGUUACACUUUUGUUCAAAGGAUGUACAAAAAAAGUAUUUUGAAAUGCAGUUAUCACUGUGCUCUACUUUAAAAUUACCAAUGUUUUUACACUGCCGUAAUGCUAGCGAAGAUUUUGUAAGAAUUUUAAGAAAACACAAAGACACAUUAACAGCUGGUGUUGUACACUCCUUUGAUGGCAAUCCAGAAGAAGCUAAUUCUAUAUUACAAAUGGGACUAUACAUUGGCAUUAAUGGAUGUUCUCUUAAAACAGAGGAAAAUCUUUUUUCCGUUACAACAAUUCCUUCGGACAGGUUGAUGAUAGAAACUGAUUGUCCAUGGUGUGAAAUAAGACCAACUCAUGCUUCUGCAAAAGAUGUAAUUACAAACUUUCCGUCUGUUAAAAAAGAAAAGUGGCAACCCGAUCGGAUGGUUAAAGGAAGGAACGAACCAUGCACUAUAGUUCAGAUUUUGGAAGUACUUGCACGAAUUAGGGAUGAAGAAGAAGAAUAUCUAUGCAAUCAAAUAUAUAAAAAUACAAUGAAGGUUUUUUUCCCUCACGAACUAUAAUUGUAAUUAAUAUUUACAACCAUUGUGCAUUUUAACGUUGCACGGUCACACAUAUAAUCAGGGAGGAAUGUUGUAAAACUAUAUAGUGGAAGAAAGGAAGAUAAUUUCUACCAAAUUCAUUUCUCAGAAGGAAGGAAACUACGAUACUCAUUUUUACAUACAUAGCCACAAAGUAACAUAUAUUACUCUGUGACAUAGUUCUAUGGAUGUGACUGGCGUCACAUUCCAUUGAUCUCUUUCCAUAUAAAACUUUAAUAUAUUCUUGUUAAAAUUAUCAUUACCACCAUAAUCAUCUCCAUUAGUUACAUCAUUAGCGCUACUAUAUUUAUAAUUAUAAUAAUUAUUAUUAUUACUAUUUCUAUAUUUAUCAACAUUAUUCUACUACUCCUAUGAACAUCGCUAUCGUUAUACUUAUUGAUGUAUCCAAUGGCAUUAUGUUAAUAUUCUGCAUAUAUUAAGAAAUU